UCUUCCUCCUCCUCCUCCUCCCUGAAGAUCCAGACCUGUUUUCAUGUUGGAAACAUUCGUUAGAAUCGCUUCAAGGAAGGGAGUGGAGCUCAGGGAGGUUGGGCUUUUUUUUUUUAUCCGCAAAGGGGUUGAGCAACAUAAUCCAUCACAGUUGAGCGUUUGAUGCAGGAACAGGGACAAAGGGAGCCGUGACGCCUCGCUGGAGCUGCAAUAAGAAGCUUUAGGUUCGCCGCGACACUCCCGUUUUCUCGCAAAUCUCCAACGAAGGGAAGCCUAUUCACGUAUUUCCGCUGUUUCUUUUUUCUUUUUUUUUGUAUAAACCGCUGCGUCCUGUCCUGACUGCCGAUCGUGUGUUUUGGACCCCUGCUGGAAGCUUUUCAACACCAAAUAUAGCCGCUGUUUGCCGCUCUGGACCGGAUUCUUGCAGCGCCGCCGCAGAUAAUUGUGAUCCUGAGGGGAUUAUUGUCUGAUUUACCUCUUGAAUCAUCAGGGUCGAGUUUUUUUUUUUUUUAAAAACGCAUAUUCUCUCAGGUUUUCCCGCUCGAUAUGCUUGCUUGAACCCCCGCUCUGACUCAUUUAAAGCAUUUUUUUUUUAAGUCAAGCUUUCGAUUUCCGAGCCUGCCUGAAGCCCUCCGACCCUCUCCAGCCUGCAGCGUUACCUGCGCGCACACGUCUACAGGAGGCACGCUGUUUCCCCCACACACACACCCCUCCCUAUUGUUCUCUGACAGGGAGUUAGGAGCCAUGGCUCGGGUUUGGCUGUCCGUGUGUCUGCUGCUUCUGGCCGUGUCGCUGUGCCGGGCCGGUGACGAGAGCCCGGCGGUGGUCACCCUGCGCACCGUCAUCACCGGGACCUGCCAGGAGAUCCAGCGCCACGCGGAGUCCCUGGUGGGAGCGGGAGUGUUACGCUCAGCUGCUGAGAGUGCUGUAUUGUAUCUUGAAUCAGUGCUGGGUGAGGAGAACGUCCAUACCUUGGCCAUGUUUCUGCAGAAGGCGAUCCGAUCCUUGGCCGAAGGAGCAGCCAGCGGCCUGAACGUCAUCGCCGUUUACGUCACGGAGAUCCUCAGAGUCACAGGGUUUGACGUUGCGCUGACGUUGCCGCGCUUCACCCCAGAGGGCGUGACCGCCGUCGCCCAGUGGGGUCUGGUGGGCCUCCUCGCAUACUGGGUUCUGACCAUCCUCCUCCAGUUGCUGUUUGGCGUUUUCAAGCAGCUGUUCUGGGUCGUGAAAACCGUCCUGGGGCUCUGGCUUUUCGGACUGAUCGUGACUGACAAGCACGCCUCUGCAGAGACCACGGCGAUCCGAGUGGGAAUCCUGGUGCUGGUGAUCGCCCUGCUGUCUCUGUUCACUUCAUCCUCCGAGAAGUCUUCCAAUCUAGAGAGCCGGCUGAACAAGCUGGAGGGCCGGCUGAAGGCGGUGGAGAGGAGGAAAGAGUAGAGACGGGUGGGGUAAAGGUGGUGCUAACGCUGCCAGAGAAAGUGGCAACGUUCAGUGAUUUCUACAUUUGUGACAACUUUGGGAAAUAAAGUUAUCUCUUGAGAUUUUUAA